AUGUCUGCCAAACGGGCUUUGUCCGUACCCGACAUCUUGCUGUAUGUCUUCGAGCAGCUGCAGCCCCAGGCGAAGCCGAUGUCCGAUCUUCACCCGGCGGCAGGCUUACACAUAGACCCCACUGCCAACGGGUUUGCUGCUGCAGCCCUCGCCCGCUCUGCGCGUGUCUGCAAAGACUUUCAAGAACCGGCGUUGUCUAUCUUAUGGAGGGACAUACCGUCGUUCGUAGUACUGCUCGGACUUCUGCCCCGGGUCAAACAAGCGAUAUGGGAACACACCGGUCGUUCUGUCUACGCCAAUUACGGCAUAGAACCGAAUGAAGUCGAGCGCGGCAGUUGGCAAUUUACCCCGAUCAAUCCCGAAAUCUACCGUACGCUGUUCCAACAUAACAACAGCCAGCCAAUUCUCCCUUGUCUAGAAGAACUAGAGUGGUUGCAGACAUUGACUAUCGCGUCCCUGCACACUGUCCUCACACCAUCCCUACGCCGGCUCGCCGUCUAUCUGCAAUGGGAAACUUUCGGUCUAGAUAGCAGUGCGCGCCGAAGAGUCGUGGUCGAUGUCCUCUCUGCAUCGCCCCGUCUGGAACACCUUGCUCUGUUGGGAGCUUGGAAUUUUAACUUCCUGGGAGUGACAUCCGAGUCGUUCUCAUUCGAAACCGGCACACUUCAAUCAUUAGACCUCUCCGGAUGCGGGGAGUUGAGCUCACAAGUGAUCCUCCAACUCACCGACUCCAGUCUUCCUGCCCUGACAGCCUUGCGCAUCUGCGUACUCGACCACCUCGAGGCAUUUGUCCAGCCGCCUGCAUUCCGUAAUCUCAACACAUUGUCAAUGACUGGAUACGCGGAAGAUUUGGCAUCAUUCUUAGCAAUCGCCAAUCUCCCUGUCCUGUCCCAGGCUCAUUUGCACCUCAACGACCGGGGGGAUACAGGCACAGCGUUCAGCACUCUCAGUGGUGCUCUCAGUAGCGCUAUACUACCGAACCUGCGUCAGCUCGCAGUGCGCAGCACUAUGCAACCAGGGCACAUGAUGCGUACUGCUGUCUUCCCGGACCGAUCAUUACUGGCCGUCAUUCGACCCAUUCUUUCCCUCACCGAGCUACGUGGGGUCUCCCUCGACUUCGGAACCUUCGACGCAUGGGACGAUGACAUCCGCCAGAUCACGCAGAGCUGGCGGAAGCUCAGAACGCUGGAGCUGUGCUCCUGCGCGACCGGGGCAUGGUCUCCGAACCAAUUCUCGCUGCACGCCCUCGUGCACGUCGCGCGGAAUUGCCCUGAUCUCCAGUCGCUCAAGUUGCGACCCCUCCGCCAUGACGACGACGUUCUCCAGCCCGCUAUUGGUGACACAGCUGCUCGUCCACACGGGCUCCAGGCGCUUCACACGUAUAGGUGGCAGGUCCGGCCAACAAAAGAGGAU